AAUGGAAUAUACAAGAUUAGGAAAUACAGGUUUAUUGAUAUCGAGAAUUUCUUUUGGAAAUAUGGUAAAUUUUGCACCUGAGGAUGAAGAAGUUAAUACAGAAAUUAUCAAAACAUGUUAUGAAGCAGGUGUUAAUUUCUUUGAUACUGCCGAGAUGUAUUCCGAAUUCCUAAAAUUUUAGAUAUGAAAAUGGAAAAGCAGAGGAAUAACUUGGUAGAUCCAUAAAAAAACUUAACAUUCCAAGAGAAAAGAUUAUUGUAUCCGUUAAGAUCCUUGCUAAUCUUGAAUAAGGUGGAAAUCCUAUUAAUCGUGCUUUUACAUUAAAUCGUAAACAUGUUAUUGAAGGGGUCAAUGCAUCACUUAAAAGACUUCAAUUAGAUUAUGCUGACAUAGCCUAUGCCCAUUUUCUAGAUUAAGAUAUAUAAGUUGAAGAAAUAUGCCGUGGAUUCAAUUAAAUUAUUGAGGAUGGAAAAGCCUUUUAUUGGGGCACUUCUAAUUGGAAACCAUCAAAAGUUUAGGAAGCUUUUAACUAUUGUGAUAAGCAUGGCUUAAUCAGACCUGUAGUUGAGCAAUGCAUUUAUAAUAUGGUAAUUAGAAAUUUAGUGGAAAAAGAUUAUGCUGAUAUAUUUUCAUAAGGAUAUGGAUCAACUAUAUACAGUCCUUUGUAAGGAGGAUUGUUAACUGGUAAAUAUAACAAUAAUCAAAUUCCUGAAGACAGUCGAGCUGGUAAAGAUAAUGGAUGGUUAACAAAAGAUAAAGCUCAUGCAGUAUUUUUUGCAUAAUUUUGUAAUUUUAUUUUUGUUAUAUUUAAAGUGGGUAAUGAUGAUGCUAUGACAAAACUCAAAAAGUUAGGAGAUUUAGCUUAAUCUCUUGGUUACACUUAAACAUAAUUGUCUAUAGCUUGGGUUUUAUAUAAUAAAGAUGUGUCUACAGCUAUAAUUGGGGCCAAGAAUGUUUAAUAAGUGAAAGAUUCUUUGAAGGCAAUUGAAUUAUAUAAGAAAUGGGAUCAAGAAUUAGAAUAAAAGGUUGAAGCUAUCUUGCAAAAUAAACCAAAAUAAGAUUUUAAUUGGUAAACUGGAAAACCUAUACCAGAUAGAAGAUGA